AUGACAAGACACAAGGCGGAAGCCGAAGAGACCUCUCCUCUGUCAGGCAAACCUCAUGGAAUUAAGAGACUGUUUCGUCAACUAGUACCUUAUGGAUUCUGUUAUGAGGCAAAGAAGCAGCUUGAGUUGGCCAUACCUGUGUUCUUAUCUCAAAUGAUGGUACUGCUUGUAUUGAUUGUGAGUUCUGUGUUCUGUGGCCAUUUAGGAAAAAUUGAAUUGGAUUCUGCUAUGCUAGCUUCAACUGUCAUAAAUAUAACUGGCAUAUACAUCGGCUCUGGAUUAAGUGCCGGAUGUGAUACACUGAUGUCCCAGACAUAUGGCAGCAAGAAUUUGAAGCGAGUGGGAACAAUCCUGCAGAGAGGAAUUCUUAUUCUAAUGCUUUGCUGCUUCCCUUGCUGGGCAAUAUUAAUUAAUACGGAGCAGAUCCUUCUACUGUGCAAACAGAACCCAGAUAUUGCCAGGCUAACGCAAAAGUAUGUGAUGAUCUUUUUACCUGGUCUACCUGCAGUAUUUCUUCAGCAGUUGCAAUCAAAAUAUUUAUACAAUCAGGGUAUAAUAUGGCCUCCAUUUUUCACUGGUGUAGCAGUAAACAUCAUCAAUGCUGUUGUCAAUGCUAUUUUCAUAUACGUCCUUAAGAUGGGCAUAGAAGGUUCAGCUUGGGCAAACACAAUUUCUCAGUGGACAAUGUCACUUUUACUUUUUACAUACACAGUGGUUAAAAAAGUGCAUGUGGAAACAUGGGGAGGAUGGUCCAAAGACUGCCUUCAGGAGUGGGAUAUAUUCUUACGCCUUGCUAUCCCGAGCAUGCUGAUGCUUUGCAUUGAAUGGUGGAGUAUUGAAAUCGGAGGUUUUUUCACAGGGCUUAUUAGUGUUGUGGAGCUGGGGGGACAAGUCAUUAUGUUGCAGUUGUUAACAUUGGCUAUAAUGCUUCCAAUUGGCUUUGGCACGGCUGCCAAUGUCAGGAUUGGAAAUGCUUUAGGAGCUGGAGACAUCGAACAAGCCAUAAAGUCUUGUAAAGUUGUACUUUGCUGCACAGCAAUUGGUUGCUUGUUGAUCAGCAGUAUUGCACUUGCACUGAAAAAUGUCAUAGGUUAUAUGUUUACAACUGAUAGGGAUAUUGUUGGUUUAGUUUCAAAACUCAUGCUCCUAUUUGCUCCACUUCACCUGUUUGGUGGUACAACUGUAACUUGCUGUGGAAUAUUAAGAGGAAUGGGAAAGCAAAAAAUUGGUGCUAUUACAAAUAUUUUUGGUUAUUACUUCAUUGGGAUUCCGGUUGGAUUAUCGCUGAUGUUUCCAGCAAAACUUGGGGUUAUAGGUCUAUGGAUUGGAAUGUUUUGUCCGCUAAUGCUGCAAAUUUGCAUCUAUAUACCCUACAUCUUUUGCAUUAACUGGUACAAUGUCUGUGAAGAGUAUUGA